AUGAAAAAAGCUGGAUUAUCAGAACAUGAUUUGUAUGCAAAAAUAGAUUUUGAGUGUAGAAUACGUGGAGCACAAUUCCUUGCAUAUGUUCCUGUAGUUGCAUGUGGAAUCAACGCAUUAACUAUGCACUAUGUAAGGAAUGAUAUGCCAUUGCGUGACGGAGAGUUGGUUUUAAUGGAUGCUGGAGGUGAAUAUUAUGGAUAUGCAAGUGAUAUUACAAGAACAUGGCCUGUUAAUGGAAGAUUUACUCAACCACAAAAAGAAUUAUAUGAAGCAGUUUUAAAACUUUGUACGGAAGAACAAAACAUUUCCUUGAAUGGUAUACAUGAAUAUUCUGUCAAAAUGAUGAAGGAGGAAUUAUCUCCACUCGGAUUUGAUCUUGUUGAAGGGGAUGUUGAUCGUGUCUUGUACCCACACCAUGUUGGACAUUAUCUCGGAUUGGAUGUUCAUGACACACAUGACAUUGAUCGUUCAAAAAUAUUGAGAAAAGGAAUGCCAGGAAUAUACGUUCCUCGUAAUAAAGCGUACCCAGAACAGUAUCACGGAAUGGGCAUACGUAUAGAAGAUAACGUGUUGGUCGGGGAAAGUGAUCCGAUCGUGUUGAGUUCUAGUGCACCAAAAGAAAUUGUUGAUAUUGAAUAUUAUUAA